AGUGGAGUCAGCGCGCGGAGUGAAAUCUGUAACGGUAGUCACAGUUGUCUUUUUUAAUUUAACGUAUUUUUCCCCCCGUUAACGUUUUACCAUGAGGGAAAUUGUUCAUCUGCAAGCUGGUCAGUGUGGAAACCAAAUCGGUGCCAAAUUUUGGGAGGUGAUUAGUGAUGAGCACGGAAUUGACCCAACGGGAACUUAUCAUGGAGACAGUGAUCUGCAGCUGGAGCGGAUAAAUGUGUACUACAAUGAAGCCACUGGUGGAAAGUAUGUUCCCCGUGCUGUUCUUGUCGACCUGGAGCCUGGAACCAUGGAUUCAGUAAGAUCUGGACCAUUUGGGCAGGUCUUCAGGCCAGAUAACUUUGUCUUUGGUCAGAGUGGUGCUGGAAAUAACUGGGCCAAGGGUCAUUACACGGAAGGAGCUGAGCUUGUAGACUCUGUUCUGGAUGUGGUCCGUAAGGAAGCGGAGAGCUGUGACUGCCUACAAGGCUUCCAGCUCACCCACUCCCUUGGUGGAGGUACUGGGUCAGGCAUGGGCACCCUCCUUAUCAGCAAAAUCCGUGAGGAGUAUCCAGACCGCAUCAUGAACACCUUUAGCGUGGUACCCUCACCCAAAGUCUCAGACACCGUUGUGGAGCCUUACAAUGCCACGCUGUCUGUCCACCAGCUGGUGGAGAACACCGAUGAAACAUACUGUAUUGACAAUGAGGCGCUAUAUGAUAUCUGCUUCCGUACACUCAAACUUACUACACCCACCUACGGUGAUCUGAACCACCUCGUUUCUGCCACAAUGAGUGGGGUCACCACCUGCCUGCGCUUCCCUGGCCAGCUCAACGCUGACCUGCGUAAACUGGCUGUCAAUAUGGUGCCUUUCCCCCGUCUGCAUUUCUUCAUGCCGGGCUUUGCCCCUCUCACCAGCAGGGGGAGUCAGCAAUACAGAGCUCUUACAGUCCCAGAGCUCACCCAGCAGAUGUUUGAUGCCAAGAACAUGAUGGCUGCUUGUGACCCUCGUCACGGCCGCUAUCUCACCGUUGCUGCUAUUUUCCGUGGCCGUAUGUCCAUGAAAGAAGUGGAUGAGCAGAUGCUGAAUGUCCAGAACAAGAACAGCAGCUAUUUUGUGGAGUGGAUCCCAAACAAUGUCAAGACUGCCGUUUGUGACAUCCCUCCUCGUGGCCUCAAAAUGGCUGCCACGUUCAUUGGCAACAGCACCGCCAUCCAGGAGCUGUUCAAGCGCAUCUCCGAGCAGUUCACAGCUAUGUUUAGACGUAAGGCAUUCUUGCAUUGGUACACUGGUGAAGGAAUGGAUGAGAUGGAGUUCACUGAGGCAGAGAGCAACAUGAAUGACCUGGUGUCUGAAUACCAGCAGUACCAAGACGCAACUGCAGAAGAGGAGGGCGAGUUUGAGGAAGAGGAAGAGCUUGCAUAAAACAUUUACAUAAAAAGUUCUUGUCCACUGUUCUGUUCAGUUUUAUGAUUCUUGGUUUUGUCUUUAUGUUCUGUCCACUCUUUCAGUUUCACAAGCAGCAAAAAGCUAUUUGUGUACACCAAUUCAUAUUAAAUAUCUAAGUUCUGUC